AUAACGAAUAUGCAACUAAUUUCAAAGUGAAGGUUGUUUCGGUUUCUCUAAUUUUGUGCGUAAAAAAUUAAAACAAAAGACCUGAUCAGUAGUCAAAGGCAAAAUGAUGAUCUGUAGAUCUUUAACUAAUAGAUUACCUCUCAUCAAAAAUCUCUUCCCAGCUGGUUGCGUGGCCACAAGAACUCACUACAAGCAAGUGAGCCCAGAAGAUCCUGUAAUGGAAUGGAAAGAGUUGACUGAUCGUGCUGCAAACAAGGCAUUCUUCAUUGAAUUGAUGAAAGGUAUGAACAUAGUGAUGAGUCAACUGUUCAAAGAGCCAGCAACAAUCAACUACCCAUUCGAAAAGGGACCUCUGAGUCCCCGCUUUAGAGGCGAGCAUGCCCUGAGAAGAUACCCCUCCGGGGAGGAGAGGUGCAUCGCUUGCAAGCUCUGUGAGGCCGUCUGCCCUGCACAAGCAAUCACGAUUGAGGCAGAGACGAGAGCGGAUGGAAGCAGAAGAACAACGAGAUACGACAUCGACAUGAACAAAUGCAUCUUCUGUGGUUUCUGUCAAGAGGCAUGCCCUGUGGAUGCUAUUGUUGAGGGUCCAAACUUUGAAUAUUCAACUGAAAGUCGGGAGGAGCUGAUGUACAACAAGGAAAAAUUAUUGGCCAACGGCGAUAAAUGGGAGGUAGAGAUAGCUGCCAAUCUUCAGGCAGAUCAUUUGUAUAGAUAAAUAGAGUUCACUCACUAUCUAGAGUUCGUUGUAUUGAAAUACAAUACAACGACAAAGGCAUACGGCGAUGUAUAACAAUACAUUUAAAUUAGUUAAUUUAGUUAAUAUUAAAAGAGUAUGGUGUUGGCUUUUAGGAUUUAAAUAAAUUAAGAUGACAAUACAAUGUUCUUGUGCUCUUUACCUUGCUACUUCUUUGCAGCUACCAUCUUUAAUUGAUAUUUUAGUUCGCCGCAAUGAAUUAGACAAACGACAUAGAAGAAAUGACUUUACAAAGGACUUUGUUAAUACUGAUUUUAUUGAAAAAUAUAAAUAAGUAAAUAAAUAAAGAAAAUAAUAUCACAGCGUAUCAUGUGGCCAAAUAUAUUACAUAUUUACACUAUAUAAAUAUAUAUAUAUACACACACAUAUAUAUAUACACACACACACAAUCAUAUAUGUUACAACGGAAUAGAAAUUAAUUAAAUACGCCCAUCUCCUAAACGUCAUCACUAACAUUCAUCAUACAACAUGUUGGAAUACUUCAACAAAUCAGAAAGCGCUAUGUAUCUCCUAAUCUCAUUCACCAUGCAGCAACCACUGACGCUGCUAAAACGCUGCCUACAUGCAUGCACUAUGCAAUGAAACGUCAGUGAUGUACUGUUUAGAAGGGUGUGUGUAUUCAAAAUUUCAUCGAAAUAGUUGUCCAAAUUGUUCUUAAUGAUUUCUAUAGCUCGCUCUUCAAUGGCCGUGACCAUGUAUUUGUGCGCCAGUUUAAAUAUUCCGAUUAUAACGUCUGUUUCGUCGAUGUUUUUCUGGAGGGGUUCAGUCGAUUCUGAUAGGAUGCUAUCGUUAAAUAGGGCGAAGGCCGUUCGAGAAGUGUCUGGAAGUUUUAUAAGUAGCGUGGAUGAUUCAAUGUACGACCCAUGAAACAUCGUUCGAAAAACGUCGGAAUUUCUCGAUAAGAUGUCCUUGUUUGAUUGCACAGUUUGACCAUCGUCGAAAUUAAACGAAACAUCCAUUGUAACGGUACCUGGAGAUGUGGUUGCGGUCGUCUUCCCAGUUUUUGAAACUGUUUUUGA